AUGCAAACAAAAAGAAAUAUAAAACCCGGAAAACUUUCCGACAGACUCAAGGAGGCCCUCGGCAUGGGGCCCCUCUCGCCGCCCCCCUGGCUGCUGAACAUGCAGAGGUACGGGCCGCCUCCGGCGUACCCUCGUCUGCGGCUUCCGGGGCUGAACGCGCCCAUCCCCGCGGGGUGUACGUACGGCUACCAACCCGGAGGUUGGGGAAGACCUCCUGUCGAUGAAAGUGGAUCAUUAUUAUUUAAAUUAGAAGAAGAAGUGGAAGAAGAAGCAGCAGCAGAAGACCUUGCUGCUGCUGAGGGCCUCUGGGGAGAACUGCCUCCCGACGCGGAGGCCCCGCCCGAGGAGGAGGAACCCGAGACGGAAGGCCCAGCAGAGGGGCAGCAGCCGACAGCAGAGACGCCGUUUGGGGGGGGCGCUUCGAGCGUGGGGCUGACAAGCAUGGGCCUGGAGUCUCCUGCUGCUCUGGAGCUGCAGCAGCAGCAGCAGCAGCGGGGAGGUGUCUCUUCAGUUGCUUCUUCUGGCCCGAAGGCCUACACUGUACUGACACCCGAGGAGACGCAGGUGCAGCAGGGGCAGCUCUUCGGAGUCCGCCACACUUACAGGAUUCCCGCGGGGGCUUUGGCGGGGCAGCAGCAGCAGCAGCAGCAGCAGCAGCAGCUGCUGCAGCAGGGGGGCGCCUCGGGUGUACAGACACCUGCCGGCAUCGCCACCCCCAGACUCCUCAGCGGCAGGGCCUCCCCCUUUGUUGCAGGGCUUAGAAGUCCCUUCGCUCCUGCUGCUGCUGCUGCUGCAGCAGCAGCAGCAAGUGGCGCCAACACUCCCCUCAUGGCCCAGCGCGGAGGAGCAGCAACUCCCGCCGGAGUCACUGUCUCCCUCAACCCCAACGAAAUGGAGCAAGAGGGCGCUUUCACUGCUGACGUGAUUCGCCAGCAGCUGCGGCAGCACGAGGAAGCAGCAGCAAGAGCAAAAGCAGCAGCAGGACAGAUAGACCCAGCAGACCAGCGCAAGAGGAAAGGAGACGAGCUGCGGGGUGUAUCUGCAGCUGCAGCGAAAUCGAAGAGGAAGAAGCAGUUCAAGUUUUAA